AUGGCUCCCCAAGAAAAGCGCCCUAGGCUCCCGAAGAGCGCGUUUACUAUAAGCAAAUUACCAGAUUUAAGCAGCGAGCUUAUCGCAGUCAGACUCGGUAGAGACAACUUCAAUUACGACGAGCCAGGCGAGCAGGGGCCAACCCAGGCAAAGAUCGAUCCACGACAAAGAAGAAUCGAAGAUUUCUUCAAUAUCACAGUAAAGAGGGGGGACGAACAUGUGUUUCAUGUGCAUAGAGAUGUUUUGUGCCAAACUUCCGCUUUCUUCCAGGCUGCUACAAAGCAGGUUUGGCGGGGCUAUCCUCACAAGCCUGUUGAUCUUACCACAGAACACAAUGGUAUCUUCAAACAAUACAUGCAGUGGCUAUACAGUGGCAGGAUCACGGUGCUUUGGAGCUCAGAACCGACCAACGAGGUCGACUCUUCGUACAAUCCGACCGACGAUUUGAUAGAACAGUAUCUCUUUGGCGGGAGGAUGAUGGAUCCAACUUUCCAGAAUGCUGCUAUCAAAGCCCUCAUGGAUUGCUUGAGUAACGGGUAUAGUUUUCCGAGGGCUGGACUAGUCCGUGAUGUGUACAAAGGCACUAUGGCCGACUCUCCAAUACGAAAGCUGCUUCUGGAUAUCGUGGUCAACGGUGCAGAUCAGAGCUGGGACUUUUCUGCCCUUUUGGAGAGGGCCGGAGAGGAGUUCACCAAGGACCUUAUAGUUGCAUUCGCGGCGAAACGGCCAAAGCCAGACUGUAGGUGCAAAUGCAAUCACACGAGUGUAUGGGCUUGCCCUCAAAACCAGGCGAAAUAUUACGCUGCGGUUGCGAAUAACAAGAAAAGGAAAGGUGCUCCUGCAUGA